AUGCUCAGAGUUCUGCGACAAACAACCCGCCUGGGCCUCUCCCAAGCGCGAUGGAACUCGACAGCGAGCCCAUCUCUGCCACCAUUGCUGGCUACCUUGAAGACUGACCUCAAGACUGCUAUGCGCGCAAAAGAUACUGAUCGCUUGAAUGUCAUUCGAGCUCUGAUUUCCGAAACCAACAACUCACAAAAGACCUCCUCCCCCAUUCAAACAGACCUGCAGCUUCUAGCCCUGAUCCGAAAGCGCGCUGCCGCCUCCAAAGACUCGGCCCAGCAAUUCGCGGAGGCCGACCGACCGGAUCUCAAGGAGAAGGAGGAGAAGGCCCAGACGAUCCUUGAGGAAUACGGAAGCCAAGUGCAGACAAUGGGUGUCGAUGAGAUCAAGGAGAUUGUGUCAGAGCAGGUCUCGAAGAUGAAGGCGGCUGGCGCGAAGGUUGAGAUUGGUAUUGUCCUCAAGUCUCUUUUUGCGCCUCAGGGUCCCUUGGACGGCAAGCCUGCGGAACGAUCUGAGGUUGCGAAGAUCACGAAGGAGAUUGUGUCUUCUGCUUGA